AUGGGCUGUGGCCAAUCCUGGUACGACCCGCGUUGCGCAUAUGCGUGCCGGGCAGUCAUCGGAUCCGCGCCGCUGGACUGCCCGGAUACAGACGCCGGCGGCAUGACGGGCAUGGACAUGCACAAGGCCUCGCCCAUGGCGCCGUGCAUCGCCGACAACGUCGACUUUCUGUCCACCCUGGCCUACUGCAUGGGCGAACGCUGCGUCGCUGACGGCGUCUCGGCCUCCAAGCUCGAGGCCUACUGGGCCGACCAGGCCACCGGCGACCCCACCGUUCCUCCUCACUGGACCUACGGCGCCGUGCUGGCCAACAUCACGCUCCCGCCCAACCGGACCUUUGAGACGGGCGACACCCUCAACUACACGGCCUUCAUCUCAGCCGCCGACUACCAGUACCAGUACGACUUCGACCGCUUCUUCGAUUGGGAGGAGGCCGUUCAGUCCACUUACGUAAUCGUCAUCAUCUGUGUGGGCGUAGGAUCGCCGAUCAUGCUCUCCGCCCUGAAAUAUCUUCCCUUCAUGACUGGCGCAAUCGACAGGCUCAAGCCGUAUCUCGUAUACCCGAUCGGCGGGUACAACAUUCGUCCUCUCCCCCACCUGCUCGGGAACCCCCCAACCGCAGGCCAAGGACUCUGGAUCGCCAUGUUUGUAACCCUGAACAUCGUCCUCGGCGCCAUCACGUACAGGAACUUCCAGUACGUCCAUCCGUGGGGCUUCACCAAGACGGCCGAGAUUCUGGCCUAUGUCGGCUACCGCACCGGUCACAUCUCCUUCGCGCUGCUCCCCCUGACUGUCUUGUUCUCGUCCCGCAACAACGUGCUAAUAUGGCUCACGGACUGGCCCUUUUCUACCUUUUUGGUCCUGCACCGCUGGGUUGCCCGCCUCUGCGCCGCCCAUGCCAUUUGGUGCAAAUGUGGGGGUGGUGCAUACGCAGGGUAUUUGAGUUACACCAGCACCGGCACCUACUAUACCGACGUCCACAAGCCAUACUGGAUCUGGGGAAUCGUCGCGACGCUCUGCCUUGUCAUCCUGUUGUUCCAGAGCGUCGUCUGGUUCCGCCGCGCUUCCUACGAGGUCUUCCUCGUCCUGCACAUCCUCCUGGCCGUCUUCACCGUCGCCGGCUGCUGGUACCACGUCUACUACUGGAAAGGUCUCACCGGCGUGUACGAGCUGUGGCUAUACAUGGUGUGCGCCGUGUGGUUCUUCGACCGCCUCGUGCGCGUGCUGCGCCUGGCUAAGAAUGGUGUCCGUCGCGCCGAUGUGGCUGAGCUGUCCGCCGAUAUCGUGCGCGUCGACAUCCACGGCUUGAGGUGGUCGGCCGAGCCGGGCUAUCAUGCCUACGUCUAUUUCCCCACGUUGCAGCCCCUGCGUCCCUGGGAGAACCACCCCUUCUCCAUCAUCCAGACGGCUCUGCUACGUCCACGGAAGCACUCUCUCGCCUCGGCGCAGACAUCGUCGCAUUCGGGCGACGCCGAGACGAAUAAGAGUCCAAAAGUCGUUGUGGUAGCCCCGAGCUUGGCGGGCACCGAUGGCAUCUCCAUCUACAUCAAAAAGCAUCGGGGCAUGACGAGCUUUCUUCAGGAGCGCGUCGGCCUGCCGGUGCUGCUCGACGGCCCGUACUGGGGCAACCUGAGCCGGGAUGUGCUCAAGUGUGACCGCGUGCUACUAGUUGGUGGCGGCAUUGGCAUCACCGGCCUCCUUACCUGGACCCGCGCGCACGUCAAUGUCAAGCUAUGUUGGAGCCUCCGGGAGACAUCCUGCGCCCUUUUGCAGGACCUCGAACCCGCGCUGGACAACAUACCCGACAAGGUCGUGUUGGUCGGCCAACGGCUUGAUAUUGAGGCGCUCCUAGUACGAGAGGUCGAAGCGGGAUGGAAGAAGGUUGGCGUCGUCGUCUGCGGACCUGCUGGCCUUUGUGACGAUACUCGGAUGGCCGUGGUUAGGGUUGGAAAGCGGGUUAAGGUUAUAUUUGAGUUAGAGGUAGAUGCCUUUAGUUGGUGA